GGUUUGAAUACAUGAAGUUUUUGUACUGGUCUCAUUGCUGAAAUUUAAUGAAUAUGUAAGCAAUAUUACAAAUCUGUUAAGGUUUGACAAUGUGACAUAGCAUCCAAAGAAGAUCUGCGCAUUAUCAUCCGGCAGGAAAACCGGAAGUGUUUAUAAAAUGGAGAUUUUAGUCUUACUUACGUGCUUCUAGGUAUUUUAUAGUAAAAUGGGAGCAGAGUGGGUUUUAUUGAUGUUUAUCUUGGAGUACCAUGGCGAGGGGUUGGGACAAGUGAUAAACCGGGGCCAGAUCAGAUGUUUUGUACAAAACUGCUCAAAGAAUCAGGUGUUUCUUCCAUGCACUAAAGAUAAUACCAGUGAUUUGUGUAUAGACUGCCCAGUAGGGUACUUCAUGCCUGAUAGAAUAGACACAUCUAAAUGGACUGAACCACCAGACUGUUACAAAAAUGACUGUGACCAAUGUGAUACAAUUGAAUCUGUGCUGGAUAAUCCCAAAGAAUGUGGAGAUACAGAGAAGGCUCACUGUGUGUGUGACAGAACAAAAAACUACUAUGGUGAAAAUAGCCCUGGGCCAGUAACAUCAUGCACACUGAAAAUUGGUGAUCUAUGUCACAGAAAAGGGACUCAGCUAAAUCAAAAAGGAGAAUGUGAGCCCUGUCCCCCUGGAACAGAAAAGAACAGAGCUGAUUCAAGCCUUUGUACAAAAAUAGAAACAAAGGAAAUAACUACACCAAAGCAAGGGACUGAAACCCUAAAUAAACAUUCUACAGCAAUAUUACAAACUACCUCCACUUAUACUUCAAGCACAAUACCAAACGGAAAACUACCUACAUCAGACAGUGAUGUUGGGACAGUUAUUGGGGUGAUUGUGGGAGUAGUAGUGUUUUUAUCGGUCAUUAUCAUUUUGAUUGUUUUGUGUAGCAGAAAAUGCAGAAAGAUAAAUGAUAACGACAAGACAGACAGUGAAAUCUGUUGUCCCCUGGAGAGACCUAGGGAUUCCACUUCUGAAGAUUCAAGUACAGGCAGUGAGACAGGUUUGCUCUUAAAUAAAGAUAAAACCAGGAAACAUGAAGAGACCAAUGGAUAUCCUGUAAAACCCACAAUUGCAGUGAAACCAAUGUUAAGUGUAGAUGAAACAAAGAAAGAUGAGGAGGAGGAAUUUGAUAAUAGUCUGAAUGUAGGAGGAUUUGUUAAUGACGUAAAUACUGAGAACAAUAAUAGUACUGGAAGGGACAGAAAUAUUAGGCCACACACUGAAUUGGACAGUCUUGGACACAAUGCCACAGAGGUAAAGGUUGUGCAUUCACGUGAUGAGACUGAUUUGAAGGUACCUGUUCAGACUUGUUCAAAUGGUGGUCAGGACUUGCAUAGAACAAGGGUUAAAACAACCUAUUCAGAAGAAACUGAAGUAAAACAAAUCGGAAGUAGUCCUUCAUCAAGAAGAAUACAGGACAAUAGUAACAGUGGGGUCAAACCAUUUGUUUCAUCAGAUGAAACUGCUGAGAAGCAAGUUGUUCUUGGUGAUUCUAGAAGAAUGUUAGAUAGUUAUUCUACUAGAGUCAAACCAUUUGUGUCCUCAGAGGAGACUUCUCGGAAAGAAAUUGGAAGAGAUCACUUUAGUGAAACGUUGAACAAUGUUUGCACUGAUUUUAAAGCAGAUGUGUCUCCAGAGGUGACUUGUUUGAAGGAAAGUGAAAUGCAGGCAAAGACACCUGUAUCAGUAGUGAGAUCAGUUCAGCCUGUAAGCCCUGUUAUUCCUCCAAUACAAUUUCAAAGUAGAGAGGGGAGUGACCUUAAUGAAGUGAAUGUUACACAAGUCUCACCAGCAAACCAAAGACAGCAAGCUGGUGUUGUACAUGUAUCAAACCAAAACAAUUCUGUUCAACCAACAGUGUGCCCGAUCACAGAUCGAUCAGAGAGCCUUGGCUCAGAUACAAUAGUUGGCAUUGCUUCCGAUAAGAAUGCGCACAAAAACACCACAAACAAAGUUACUUUGUCUCACCAAAGUCAACAGCCAGAGAUAAAUCAAGAAGAAAGUUCCUCCUUUGAAAAGCAAUCCUCUCAAACAAGAAGUGAAGAAAUUAAUGAUGUUGCUGAUUCUGACAGGUGUACAGAGAAAAAUAAAGGGCAUUCCCAUACAGAAACAGUAUGUGGAGGAUUGAUAUCUAAAGGAUAUUUAAGCAAUGAUGAAGGAGAGAGUGUGGAGCUGGCAUCUACAGAAAUCAACAAAUGUAUUUUGGGAAAUGCCACUGCAAUCUCCGCAAAAUAUCAACCCAAUGUAAUGUCAAGGAGUAGUCAAGAAUCAGAUGUUCAUCAUCCAAAUCAGUAUGUCCCACACCAGUCACAUCAAUCCAAUCUGAAUCAACAAGUUCAAUCCAACCAGCCACAACCAGAUCAUUGUAGCCAACACCAACCAGAUCAACCCAGCCAGCAACAACAAGCGCAAUCAAGAUUUAACAACAUAAAUAAUGGUUUAGAGAUGAAGUCAAACUCCUCCUCAGUCCCUAUUCCAAGUGGAGCAUCUCCACAGAACUCUGGUGCCUCGUAUGUCCAGAUGUCGGUUCAGAAUUCAGCUGCCACUUCUGGUUAUGGCACUGCAAGGAGGUCAGAGAUGGGAACUCUCUCAGAGACAGCGAACAACAUAGGACAUGAAAGGUCUAUAAAUAAUACAUCAUCUGCACCACUGAUAGUCAACUCCUUACUGCGCUCAGAUUCCCGUAAUGCAGGUGAUCAUCUUGAGGAAAGAAAAACCAGCUCCAAUGAUUCUCUGGGUACCAGUGGACUGAAUAAUGCUCCAUCUUUGAAUCCAGAAUCAAGUGAUGAGGUCAAACAGAUUGAAGAGAUGAAGAUGCCGAUGGUCAUUAAAAAGGAACCAGAUAGUAGACAACAGGUUUUAGAGGGAGAGAUUGAUAGUUCCAUGCAGCGGGUACUUAACCAGGCAUUUGUUGCUCAGGGUGCUCCACGUGCAGAAUCUGGGUAUUGUUCAUGAUCUACUAACAUUAUCCACACCGGACACUUUCACAUGAAUGUGAAGUACAGCCUAAUUAGUAAGGUACCCUCAUGAAUGGCGGAUCACCAUGAGUUUAAGUACUUGAUUGUGUACUACUUGUUGCUGCCAAUGGUGUUUGACAUACCUAAUUAGAACAACUUGUGUCAGUGCAAAGAGACAGAUAAAAAUGAUACUGAAUCUAGUCACCAAAGAUGUAUAUUACACUAAUCUUAAUUUCCUUGCCAUUUUUUCAGCAGCAUUCACCUAUGUUUUUAAAACUUGUUUAGGGUUGAUAUGUGCCAUAUUUUUGAUAUACAGAUAUUCCAAGUAAACUGUUGUUCACAGCAAUAUCACCUUGAAUAGUUGUGACCUGUUGCAAGGAAAUAAAAAGUACCUACAUAUUGUACCAAUAGUGACUAUUUCUUUUUUUGAUAAAGUAUCCUUAAAAUAGCAAUUCUUCAUAUUAAUUUUAUAAGUCCAUAAAAUAUCUUUCAAAAGAAAAAUAAAUUAUUUAUUUAAUUUAAAAAAGACUUUAAACUGCAAAAGAAUCAUGUGCCAUCACCUCCAAUAAUUAUAUUUUCAUAUGUUAUAUUAUUUUACUUGGCAUACUUUGAAUCAAAAGGCAUUGUGGUAUACAAGGGUAGUACUGUUGGAUGCAUCACUGAUAAAUGCUCUAGAAUAUGAUGGUGUAGGCUAAUAAAUAUAAUCAGAUUUGAAUUGCUUAUCACUGUCUAACAUAAGUAAGAAUAUAUGUCUGUGUGUUAGAGAAUUGGUGCUCAUGUCUUGUCACUUCUGAAGUUAUUAAGAAUGCCCGUUGAUGUCCUGUUAUAGUGAUUCUGUAGCAAAAAGAGACACAAAAUAAAAACUUUUCCACUGAGUUGAGUCCCUAACAAAUAUUGUAUAUUUUCCAAGACAUGCCUUAUAUAUGUAUUCGUGUAUAGUAUUUAGUACCAUGUGCCCUACCUAGUAUAAAAUGCUGUUUGCUUUCAUGAAAUGAAAGAGAGAAUUUGUGUUUAAACUAAAAUAAAAAGUGUUGUAUUAAUGUACAUGUAUGUUUAUAGGAGUGGACUUUGUAUAAUGGAUUCAGUUUAUAACACCUGCUAGAUUGUUAUGUAUAGAAAUCCCACAUGUUUCACCUGAGUGGCUAAAUACUGUAAACCAACUUUUAUUCCCAUGAGAAAAACAUCUGCAAGUUUCAUAUCUUUUAAUCAAGAAUAUUUGCUGUGAAUCAUUUUAGUGUGUUUAUGUAGACAUGUAGAUGCUUAUGGAAUCAGGGAUAAAAGUUGUCCCAGAUAAUACAUGCAUGUAUUUUCCACAUGUAGGCUUUUAGCACAUGCAUGUAUUUUCUUUUUGCAAAUUAUUCAAGUGCUUCGUUUGUUACUUAGGCUAAAAUGUUUUGAAAAGAAACUUAAUUAUCUGAACUAGCAUAAUAAACAUCAUUUUUCAUAUAUAUGUAUGUGGAAUGUUGCACUUAGUUUAUAAUAUAGUAUCAUUUUAAAAGUAAAUAGUAAUGUGUGUUGUUUUAAGUAGAUGAUCCUCUUUGAUCUCUGAUAAGUGCAUAGAAAGAGUGGUUUUUUUUUUCUAGGUAUUUCUAAGAAUUUACUUGAAAUGUCUGAUCUGUUCACUAGAUCUUUUGUAUAUAAUUAUAUAUAUAUA